GAGACAGAGUGAGGCGCACCAUUCACCCACCAACACCGUGGCAGUCCACCCCUGUUCGGCACCCCUUCCUGACACACACAGGCAGUCAGUCUUACCUCGCUGUUACACCGUCAUCUCGCACACCAUCACUUACUCCUCUUCACAGAAAUCCAGCAGAUGAGUGGACAACAACAGCAGCAGCAGGAUGGUGGUAGCAGGAGGAGCACGGAGCCUCGUAUACUUGAGUGGGAUGGACCGGGACCUCUGCCUGCCAUCCCCAACGUUAACUACGCUGUCUUCAUGCUGGAGUCGAUGGCUGCUUACGGCGACGCUGUGGCUGUGGAGGAUGCUGACACACGUCAGCACUGGAAGUAUUCGGAGCUAUGUAGUGCUGUGCCGCGGGUGUCUGGUGGACUGGCGAAGGCAGGAGUGACACGGGGAGAGGUGGUGCUCCUUCUCAUGCCAACACACAUGGACUUCCCACUGAUAUUGUUGUCAAUACUUCACUGCGGGGCUGUCUGUGUGCCCGUAAACCCCUCCCUUAGUCCAGAGGAGCUGGUGCACGUGUUGAAUGUGAGUGAGGCGCGAUGGGCCGUGGUACACCCUGACGUGGCCCCGGCAACUGAGGCGGCCUUCUCUCUCUUCCCUCAUGGCACACUGAAGAAGAUGUGGGUCCUGGGGAACGACCCCACCAGACCCUGCAUCGCUCAACUCAUGACCCAUGACCCUGUGCCUCCCUCCACUAAGAUUGACAACGAAGAGCCAAGAAGUGCUGCACUAAACAGGGGAGAUGUACCCAAGGAGAAUGACAGACAGGCAGUCAUCAAAAUGGAGAGGACAUGUAGGGUGAAGUGGCAGACGUACGAGUUAAUGAAGCCUACUCAGAAAUUGGCUGGUGGACCUCAACAAACUUUUUUGAACCACCAAAAUGUGGGGCCACCCAAAAAAUGAUUCAUACAUAAAGUA